AUAUCCAAUGUGGCUGAAGAGGAUGCUCGAAAGCUUGAAAAGAAGUUCAAGUAAGGUAGUCGUGUUUGUGUAAGAAUUCUUGGUUUUAGACACCUAGAAGGGCUUGCGACAGGGACUUUGAAGGCAAGCGCUAUGGAAGGGACAGUCUUCACUCAUUCGGAUGUCAAGACUGGGAUGGUGGUGAGGGGUAAAGUCAUAGCUGUGGACAGCUUUGGUGCCAUCAUGCAAUUUACUGGUGGUGUGAAGGCACUUUGCCCUCUUACUCAUAUGUCUGAAUUUGAAAUUGCAAAGCCUGGAAAAAAAUUUAAGAUUGGAGCUGAACUUCUGUUCCGUAUGCUUGGUUGCAAGUCCAAGAGAAUAACUGUUACACACAAGAAAACACUUGUGAAAUCAAAACAUGGGAUUGUUAGUUCAUAUGCUGAUGCUGCUGAUGGAUUAAUCACCCAUGGGUGGAUAAGAAAGAUUGAAGAACAUGGAUGCUUUGUCCAUUUUUACAAUGGAGUCCAAGGAUUUGCUCCAAGGCAAGGCCCCCGACCACUUAGCUUGCAAUCAAAAUAA